AUGCAUCUAUUUACCAGACAAAAGGGUAAAAAAACUAAAGCAUAUUCACCACAUCAAGAUAUUCCACAGCAUCAUCAUCCGAUUACAACACCAUCCCAACAGGAUAGGAAUUUUACGGAUGAAACGCGUUCCAUUAACUUAAAUAAACCAUUGCCUGCUAUUAACACACAACCGGAAUUAAACCAACAAUCAAAUCAUAAACGACAAGUAUCAUCGUUACCUAAAAUCAUGACUCAAUUCGGUACCCCACCACCACAAAUGAUCAAUCAGUAUAAUAAUCAGCAACCGAUGCAACCUUCACAUGAUCAACAUGAUCAAUCGCACAUUCAGUAUACCUAUUUUCAAAAUGGUACCAAUGAAUCAGCCGCUUCGUCACCUUUGCCCGUUGAUUCGACCACGUCACAUUACCUCAACAAUGGUAAUCCUUCUGAUCCCACUCAAAACAUCGUUACUUCUCCAACUCUUUUACAAAAAGUUCAAACUGCCACGGUUGAACAACAUGAAAUGGAUGAAAAAUUUAUUCCUUAUAAUUCUAGCUCCACAGGAGAUUCUAACGCUAGCGAUUAUGAUGACGAAGAUAAUGAUGAAUUGUCUUCAAAUGAACCCGCUUCUCCUCCUGCUGUAGUAAUUUCACCGGCAAAUAAUAUCAAAUUGGCUUACUAUUCUUCACGAAGUUCACCAACUCGUCAUACUCCAGAACCAAAAAAGGCACCGUUUAACGUGCAAUUAAGAGAUUUUGUACUAGGAACUACCGGUGAUAAUGAGGAGUCUGCAUCAAAUAACUCUCAACAUUCAUUCAAUAAUGCCAAGGUUGUUAAUAUCAAUGUCAAUACGGAUACCAUUGUUACCACCAGCGAGAAUCCUGACCUUACCGCUGAAAGUAAUAUCAGCUCGAAUACCGCUUCUUCUGAUAAUGAUACUUCUUCAAAAGCAACGCCUCGAGAUAAUUUACCACCUUCACAAAGUUCAUUCUCCAAAGAUUCGGGAUAUCAAUCUCCCGGUAUUAAUAUUCCUGACGUUUAUAAGAAUCAUAAUGAUUCCCCUAGUGUAAAAAAUUCGAUUACUUCAUUUGAUUCAACUAAUAUUCAAGGAGUUAGAAUGAAUGUACCUAAUGUACCUUCAAACCAUUUUAAUACUUUUUCUACCGUUCAAAGACAAUCCACGCCGCAAGUGUCACCUCAUGAUCAACGUCAACCAACCCGUGAGGAACAUUUUCUAUUUUAUAAAUCUAAUGAUAAUUUUGUUCCUCCGAUUCCUACGAAUGUUAAUGUCAUCAAUAAUGGUUUCUCAUCAUCUCAUAAUCCUCCUGAUAUACAAAUCAAUUAUUCCUCGUACAAAGUUGAUUAUAACACUUAUGCUAAAACAAUGAAUGAUUCCGACUCGGACUUUAGUGUAAAUAGUGUAAGAAAAAAUGUUGAUGGUAAUUUUAAUCCCAGUCCUCAAACUCCGAACCCUGAUAAUGGUAGUGGCAUAUAUAGCUUUAAGAUGAGUAGUAAUUCUUUAGAUGAAAAUACAUUGAACAAGCGAUCAUUCUCUUUCACCAAUGAGAGUCAUUCAAAGUCAUUAAAUAAUGUUAGUAGUAGACCGUACCUUUUCACUAAUGAAGGAAGUACAAAUUCAUUGACUAGUCAGUCUAAUAAGUCUAAAUCUAACAGAGCCACCUUACCGAGUGAUUUUAUCUCUCCUUAUUCUCAAUUUCAAUUUCAAAAUGAUAACGAAAAGCCAACUACGACAAAGAAAAGACCCGUCUCGAUGCCACUUCAACCUUCUAAAUCAAGCAAAUCACCUACAAAAUCUCGAUUCAGUUUUAACUUUUUUAGAAAGUCAAAACAAACGAACAAGAUCUAUGUUCAAGCAACAAAGGAGUUGGAAGAGAUGCAUUUUCAUGAAGCGCUUCGUUUACUUUCUCAAGUUCUGAUCACUUAUCCGAACAGUUAUUCGGUAAGAUGCGAUAGAGCGUAUGCCUCGUAUCAAUUAGAAGAUUGGACGAGAGCUAUCAGUGAUUUAACCAUCGCUAUUAACCGCAGACCAAAAAGACCAAAAGCAUAUUCUCUUCGUGGUGAAGUUUACCGUUUGUUGGGUGAUUAUGAUAAAGCUUUAAUUGAUUUAAACAAAUCAUUAAAGAUACAAAAACAUCCUUUUGCUCUCAGGUCUAGAGCUGAGGUUUAUAGCGUUCUUGCAAGAUAUGACGAUUCAUUAAGCGAUUUGGAUACCGCUCUAGAGAUGGAACCAAGAAAUAUUUUCACUUUGACGAGAAGAGCAAAAGUUUAUUGUUCGCUCAAUAUUUAUGGUGAUGCUAUCGCUGAUUUAACGAAAGCAUUAGCAAUAGAUCCCUCUCAAGCUUCGAAUAUAUUAGCAAAUCGUGGUGAAGUUUAUCGAUUAACCGGUAAAUUUGAGGAUGCCCUAAAAGAUUUAGAUAUGGCAUUGGCAAUAGGUGAGAAUAGUUUGGCAUUGGAAAGGCGUGGCGCCGUAUUAAAAGCGUUGGGAAAAGAAAAGGAAGCUUUGGCUGAUUUUGAGAGAAUCAUUCAAUUAAAUCCACGUAGUUUCUUUGCUCAUAAAAAUCGGGCUGAAAUAUUGUUAUCAUUUGGUAAACAUGAUGAUGCGUUAGUUAAUUUGGAAGUGGCCCUUCAAUUAGAACCAAAGAAUUUCACCCUACUGAAAUGUAGAGGUGAAAUAUUACAUCUACUCGGAUAUUAUGAUAAAGCUAUCAUUGAUUAUGAUAUUGCUCUAACUAUUGAACCAAAUGACAUUGAAGUGUUAAAAAACCGUGGUGAACUUCACAGGUUAGAGCAAGAUUUUGAUAAAGCUAUUCAAGAUUUUACUAAAUGUUUGGAGAUUGAUCCUUCAAAUGUUUAUGCUCUUUCGAGAAGGGGAGAAGUUUUUCGCAUGUUGAGAGAAGGUGCAAAAGCAUUACGUGAUUUAGAUGAAGCUAUCAACUUAGAACCUCAUGAUACUAUAUCAAGAGAAAGUAGAGGUGCCGUCAAUAGAACUUUCCGACGUUAUGAAGAAGCUUUAAAAGAUUUAGAUGAAGCUCUUUAUUUGAAUCCUGAAAGUGUAUUUGCUUUGACAAAUCGGGGUGCUGUGUAUUACAUGCUGAGAAGAAAUAAUGAAGCUUUAAUGGAUUUAAAUAAAGCUUUAUCUCUGGAUCCAAAGAAUAUUUUCGCUUUGGAAACUCGUGGAGCUUUAUAUAAUGUGUUAAAAAAGUAUGAAGAUGCUCUUGAGGACUUAAAUUUGACUUUAGAAUUAGAUCCAAAUAAUUAUUGGGCCUUAUCUUAUCGUGGCGAAGUUUUAGCUGCAUUAGGUCGUAAUGAUGAUGCUUUGCAUGAUUUAAAUCGAGUUUUGCUGUCUUUGCCGGAUUGGGGUUAUCCUUUGGCUUUACGUGGUGCUGUUUAUCGAUCCAUGAAAUUUCAUACACAAGCAUUGUUGGAUUUAGAUCGUGCCAUAAGAAAUAUUAGAGACAAAGCUUUUAAUAUUAGUUAUGAAACCAAAGCUUUAUGUAAUAGAGGAGCCGUAUAUCAUAUUUUAGGUAGAGAUCAAGAAGCUUUGGCGGAUCUAAACAAAGUUCUUUUAAGAGAACCUAAUGAUAUCUUGGCUUUAACUGAAAGAAGUACAAUUUAUUCUUCGUUGGGCGAGUUUGAUGCUGCCCUUAAUGAUUUAAAAAUUAUCUUGAGAUUUGAGCCUGAUAAUACUUAUGCUUUAGAGCAAAAGAACCAAAUUGAGCAUGCAAAAAAAUAA